CUGGCCAUCACAACGUAAACAACUCGAGAAUAUAUAAUAUGGGUGGCCAGCAAUCAGUACGCGCCACGCAUUUUCAACGACCCGAAAAGACUGCUACUGACCCGAUGCUGGAUGAGUUGCCCGACGAUCAUCACAUAAGUAUAUCUAACAAAAUGGUUGAACGUUUGGUAGAAGACGCAACGUUGGCAAGUACAGCAGCAAUAAAUACAGGAUCUUCAAAAGCAGACUACAAAGAAAAGAUGUACAUGGAAAAACUAAGGUGUAUGGAUGACAGUCAUUCCGAAAGAUGUGGGUUAACGGUGGAAGAUCUCAACGCAUUAGUCAAUCGCAUAGAGCGCCUUACAGCGAAUAUUGUGGACUCCGAACCCAUAUGUGUAGAUUGUAAAGCUAAGCUUUUGCAAUGCUAUAACAGCGGUAAUACAGACACAAUUAAGUGCUGGGAUGCCGUCGGAGACUUCGCGAAGUGCGUUCAUGAAGCAACAGCAAUCAAGCUACGCAAUCGAAGGCAGAAGGAUGAAAAAGAAUCAGCUCGGAAAUCUCGACAUAUGGCCCACGCCAGAGAGCACGCUUUGAAAGAUCUAGAAACGCACCCAAAUUUGACAAAGUAG